GCGGAUUAGGAUUGUUUAUGCAGAUUAGUUUAUAACCCAGAUUGAGGGACAGGAGAGGGAUUCUUCAGCAGGACUUUGGGGGAGAAGGACUGCUCCCUGUAAGCAAUCAGGAUGCCGGUCAUAAACGUAGAGGACCUGACCGACAAGGACAAGGCUGUGAUGGAAGUAAACCAACUUAAAAUUGAAGUGAAACUUGAGAGGUGGUUGACAUCUAAAUGCUGCGAGGAAAUCAAGGAAUACAUUCAGGCUGGAGUGGAGGAAGACAUCCUUGUCAAAGGAAUCGCAGAGGACAAGAACCCCUUCAAGGAGAAAGGUGGCUGUGUAAUCUGCUAGACUGUACCUGAGGAGCUUUUCAUAUCUCAGAUUAGCACCCAAGGACAUUCUCCCUCCCCUCAUGAAAAACGGAUUUGCAUACUGUGAAGAUUAGAAUGACGUAAUAAAGAAAGAAUUUCUAAAACUUGA